GAGGAGCUCAAGGCCAAACUGCAGCCUCUACAGGAGAAGCUGAAGGAGUUUGAGGAAGCUAAAGUUACCUGUGAUGAAACAGCUGAGUACAUUAAGACUCAAACCCAGAAUACAGAGAAGCAGAUCAAGGAGGAGUUUGAGAGACUUCAUCAGUUUCUACGAGAUGAAGAGGCAGCCAGGAUAGCUGCACUGAAGGAGGAAGAGGAGCAGAAGAGUCAGAUGAUGAAGGAGAAGAUUGAGAAGAUGAUCAGAGAGAUCUCAUCUCUUUCAGACUCAAUCAGAGCCAUAGAGAAGGAGAUGGGAGCUGACGACAUCACAUUCCUGCAGAACUACAAGAGCACAGUGGAAAGAGCCCAGUGCACACUGCAGGAUCCAGAGAGGGUUUCAGGAGCUCUGAUCAAUGUGGCAAAGCACCUGGGCAACCUGAAGUUCAGAGUCUGGGAGAAGAUGCAGGAGACUGUUCAGUACACUCCUGUGACUCUGGAUCCCAACACUGCAAACCCACAUCUCAUCCUGUCUGAGGAUCUGACCAGUGUGAGAUAUGGUGAUGAGGUGCAGCAGCUUCCUGAUAACCCAGAGAGAUUUGAUACGUAUGGCAGUGUCCUGGGCUCUGAGGGCUUUAACUCAGGGACUCACUGCUGGGAUGUGGAGGUUGGAGAGAACACAUUGUGGGAGGUGGGUGUGAAGGCAGAGUCGGCCCAGAGGAAGGGAAAGUACACCUAUGGUGUGAGUGGAGAGUGGUAUGUGUUGUAUAAAGAUGGUGAAUAUGUAGCAGGUGCUCCUCCUCAGCCUGCCACUCGCCUCACAGUGCAGCAGAAACCCCAGAGGAUCAGAGUGCAGCUGGACUGGGACAGAGGAGAGCUCUCAUUCUCUAACCCUGAUAAUAACACACACCUACACACUCUCACACACACUUUCACUGAGAGAGUGUUUCCAUACUUAAACACUCCAAAACCCCUUCCUCUGAGGAUCCUCCCAGUGAAGGCCUCAGUAAGAGUAGAACAGCACAGUUAACUGAUUCUGCCUCUUCACCAGAACUGACUAACAGAGAGGGAAACUGGAGAAAACUGUAUGAUAAAAAACAAGGCCAAGUGAACACUGCACCACCACCUCAUAUAAUGUAAA